GACUUUCAACACUACCUCUUGCUCCUCUUGAUGAAGGGUGAUCUCGCCUGGGCGCCAAUUUCGGAGCCUGCUAAUGUCUUGGACAUUGGCACUGGCACAGGCAUCUGGGCGGUUGAGUUUGCGGACAGCAAUCCUAAAUCGAAUGUCAUAGGCACCGACCUGAGUCUCAUACAGCCUCAAAAUAUCCCACCGAACUGUCAGUUCUUUCGCGAAGACGCCGAGGAGAAUUGGGUAUUCGAUUUCCCAUUCGACUAUAUUCACUUGCGAUUCAUGACCUCGUGUUUUGACGACCCUAAAGGCAUGGUGAAGAAGAUCUUUGAUCACCUCCGACCAGGUGGUUGGAUCGAGUACCAGCAGAUUGCCGUAGAUGAAGCCAGCGAGCUUGCCAUCCAAAACAACCCCCGAAGCUUCCGGGAAUACAUGCGGCGCCUUGUUAGAGGCGCUGCAAGCUUCGGUCGGGACAUCGAUCUUGCCCGCAAAUACAAAUACUGGAUCAUCGAAGCAGGCUUUGUUGAUGUAGUCGAGAGACAAAUUCUUGGCCCGGUUAACCCGUGGGCAAUAGACCCGAAAGACAAUCAAAUCGGAAGAUACUCGCAAGCAAACUUCACGGAAACUACGUAUAGUUCCGCUAAAUUUCUCAAGGCGACAGGCAUGACGGAGCCCGAGAUAGAAUACUUCCUGGAUGGGGUCAGGAGGAAUAUCGCGGACACGAGCGUCCAUUCAUACGCACCCUGGUAUGUGAUCUAUGGGCGGAAACCGUACCAAGAGGAUUUGGUCAACGCCAAAGCAGCAAAGGAACAGGAUCCUGUUAUCAAGCCAGAUUACACAUCGCGCGGCCCAGAUUCCACCUGAUCCUUACGGUAGGACUAAUAGAGAAGAGUCUAUACAGGAGUCGAAAUUGUCUAUAUGGUCACAAUGAAGAAGAAAUCAGAGCGUUUUUCCUGUGGUAUUAUUGCCAAAUAUGCUUGUAUGGUGGUACACCAGCAGCUCUGGUUAUCGUUUGGCCCCCAAGACAAUUGUGCUCGGCCACUGGAGUUACAAAUCAGUCAGCUUGCCUUUCGGUAUGUCGAAGCGUUGUUCAAAUUGACACUAUUUGACUCAAUGCAAAAUACAAGGUGAAAUUCCUGUAGAGCACUCUACUUCGGAAGAUGGCUUUAUGCGAAAGGAAGAUUGGGU